CGGCCUCCAUCUCCUCACAGUGGGCGGAGCUAGACGCAGCGCGUUGCACGGUCGCAGUCUGUAAUUUCACUACUUCCCUGUCAUUUGCAGCCGCUGAGUGAGAACAAGGCAGCCGGACAGGUGCAGAAAGUAUUAUUGGUUGCACAAUAUGUGGUUCAUGCAUUCAGCAAGUUUGUGACAACACAUUGAUGUCUGGAUAUUCUUUAACUGGCUCUCUUUCUAUAUCUGGUUAGAUCAGGCUUGAUGUCAUCAUGUACACGCUGAGGACUUUUUAUCUUAGAUGUUAUUCCAGUAUAAAAUCCAUUUCCACUUUAACCUCACAAGCAUGUAGACAACAGCAAAGAUGCCUGAUCUCGCCAAGGACUGGAUGCCAGGUUUUAAUACUUCAUGGACAAAAUCAGUGCUUCCAUUCAGCCCCUAAAUAUGAUUCAUCACAAGAUAAAGGAGGCCACCAGAUUCCUUCUCCUGCUACCAGUAAUCCUGUGAAGAGUGACCAGACCAGCUCUGCAGCUGAUGUGCCUGUUAAUGUAGAUGACACAGAUCCUUUACAAGACAAGUCCAUAGGUCUUGUGCAGAGGUUUAAAAAGACUUUUAAGCAGUAUGGGAAAGUGAUGGUCACAGUCCAUGUGCUGACGUCCAGUGCAUGGCUCGGAACCUUUUACUUUGCAGCCGUGAAAGGAAUAAAUGUCGUUCCUUUCCUGGAGUUCAUUGGACUGCCUGAAAGUAUAGUGAACAUUCUGAAGAAUUCUGAGAGCGGGAAUGUACUCACAGCAUAUGCCUUGUAUAAGAUUGCAACCCCAGUCCGAUAUACUGUAACAUUAGGAGGGACUUCUAUUAGUGUUAAAUAUCUCCGGAAAUAUGGUUACUUGUCCACUCCACCAUUGGUAAAAGACUAUAUACAGGACAAAAUGGAGGAGACAAAAGGACGUUUUAGUGAGAAAAUGGAAGUAACAAGAGACAUGAUCAGUGAAAAGAUGGAAGAAACAAAAGAUAGACUCUCUGAAAAGCUACAAGAAACCAAAGAAUCUUUGACUUUUAGGAAAAAGAAGGAGGAAUGAAAUGGUGUCAUGUAAACAAUUCCUGGAAUUGUGCACAGAAAACUGCAUUGGUUUUUAUCCAGUCUUGCUAUUUGACAUUUGCAUAGAGUUGCUGUACAAGACCUCAUUCCUAGAAAUCAUAUAUAUUACAUGUUAACCUUGUCUAUGGCUUUUGCAGUUAUUGGCACGUCUUAAUAUCAGUGUAGACGUAAUAUUAGAAGCUUUUCAUUGAAAUCCAGUAUAAAUGUUUAAUGUCUCAUUCUGCAUCAAGUUGUAAUACCACUGCAGGUGAGCUUCUAAAAUAUUCCUUUAUGUCCGCCCUGACUAUAAAUGUGGAUCAUGGUUUCUACUGUAUGCAGAGAAAAAAAGGUUUCUUCUCUUCAAGUUAAAGGGGUACUCUGCCAUCUCAUCUCCUAUCCAAAUGAUAGGAGAUAAGAUGUCUGAUCGCUAAGGUCCCACAGCUGGGACACCCACGAUCUCUGUGUAGCACCUGGCGUUUGUUUAGAAUGCUGAGUGCGGGCAGUGGGGGGGGGGGUGGGGGGUGUUAAGUCACGUCACACCACGCCCUCUCAAUGAAAAUCUAUGGGAGGGGACGUGGCUGCCGCUAUGCCCCCUCCCAUAGACUUGCAUUGAGGGGGCGUGCAUAUGACAUCACGAGGGGCAUGGUUGUGACGACCCCGCCGCCCGCUCCAAGUGUUCAGAACAAAAUGUUCCCAACGAUGGGGCAGCAGAGUACCCCUUUUAAAGGGGUAUUCCCGGGGAAAACCUUUUUUUUUUUUUUUUUU